UCGUAUCCUGGCGUGCUGCGGGUCAGUGGCGAACUGCAGGACCGAGGACUAAGAGCGCGGGGCCGACGUGAGGGCGGCAUCAUGGCGGACAGGAGUGCGAGUGCUUCACGGAAGCACAAAUGGCUGAGCCCCCCCGAGAUGUCUCCGAACAAGUACCUGAGAAGCAGCGAGUCUCGGAGAGUCAGUCACAGCAGAGACCGCGAUGCCGAAAGUCCCAGCCCCUCGCAGGAGCGGCGGGUGACGUUCUACCCCCGGGAGAGUACGCCCAGGCGCAGGCUGGAUAUCGGCGCCGGUGUCCGCUCCACCGUGAGAGCCAGGAGCAGACAGAAGGACGGACAGCAAACCCACAGCCCGGACCCCCCGGCAGAGACCCCAGGAGAGGCCCGAAGGAAAGAGCGUGAUCAUCAGGAGGAGAGGACUAACGACCCUGAUGCAAGACCUAGCCAGGAUGAGAAGAGACCCCGACCCCCAAGAACCGCUGUGCCGUCCCUCUUAUUCAAGAGAGCUUUCAGUGACAUCCUGGGGACGCCCUGCAGACCCCGGCGAUCGCUGGACAGUGAGACCAGAUGUUUCCAGGAAGGAAAGCAAGUGGAGAAAAGAAGUCACUCUGACCCAGAGGAGUCCCCCCUUACAAGCCCAACCCCGAAACCCACUGAGAGGAAAGACCGGAGGAGCGAGGGCGUCAAGAGAACCCCCAGCCCAAAACGAAUUGUCGCAAGCGUGAUUACCAAACGAGGGGCCGGCGUGCCUCAGGAGACCCCCCGACUUGUGUUUGUAGAUUACGAUUCCAGUGAAGACGUGGAUGCGACAGAUCCUGCAGAUAAGGAGCCUUCAGUCGGCAGUGAUUUCUCUGACGUAGAAGACGUGGGACCGCUGGCCAGGUUUUCUCAGGACGAUGUGGUCUCGCCCUGCUGUUCUAUUCCAGAUGACGACGCAAAACCUUCCACUUACCAACAUGAGAGCCCAUUCAGCCGUCGCGCUGAGCAGUCCCCGAGCAGUCCCAUGUACAGACCCCUCGCAGAGCACAACACCUGGCGUCAGGCAGUGCAGGACAGCAGCAUCAUAUCAGAACCCUCCCUGCUGGACAGCGACUGCGAGAGCCCCAGAGACAAGAGCCACAAGAGGACCGCUUUCAGCCCCCCGUGGUCAUUCGCUAACAGAACCAAAUCCACUAGACGGUCUUUAGAGAUUGUUCCUUCUUCGAGCGCGGACUCCAAGUCCCAAGACGACGGCUUCAUAGACACGCACUGCCACCUGGACAUGCUGUUCGCCAGACUGUCGCACCGCAGUUCCUUUGCAGAUCUCAGGAGUCAGUAUGCUUCCACCUUCCCCCGGGAGUUUCGCGGCUGCAUUACUGAUUACUGUGAUCCCCGCACUCUGAAGAGGCUGCCGUGGCAGCAGGUGCUGGACGAGGACUUGGUCUGGGGGGCUUUCGGCUGUCACCCCCACUUUGCUCAGUAUUACAAUAACCAGCAGCAUGAAGAGAUGAUGAUGGCGCUACGGCACCCCAAAGCCAUCGCCUUCGGAGAGAUGGGUCUGGAUUAUUCACAUAAAUGUUCCACUAACAUUCCCGACCAGAUCACGGUAUUCGAGAAGCAGCUGAAGCUGGUGGUGCCUUUAGGAAAGCCGCUGGUCAUCCAUUGCCGGGAUGCAGACGAAGACUUGUUUAAAAUCAUGAAAAAAUGGCUUCCCCGGGACUACAAGAUCCACCGACACUGCUUUACCGGCAAGUACGAGGUCAUCGAGCCGUUUCUGAAGGAGUUUCCAAACAUGGCUGUGGGCUUUACCGCCGUCUUGACGUAUCCUUCCGCUGUGGAAGCGCGCGAUGCAGUGACCAAAAUCCCCUUGGACAGGCUGAUUGUGGAGACGGACGCCCCGUUUUUCCUUCCUAAACAGGUGCCUAAACGGAUUAGUAAAUUUGCACACCCCGGUCUGGCCUUACACACAGUUCACGAAAUCGCCAGGCUCCGAAACGUACCUGUGAAAACCGUCAUGUCGAAGUUACGGGAGAACACUUACCGCAUCUAUAGCGUCUAAGACGCUUCCAGCUGCCGCCUUAUUUUAAUUAAACGUUUGACUUUUCUCUGGAAACCAGAGAGGGAAAUCUCCCGUCGGUGUCAUUUCUGGUCUCUCUUCUUUUAAGUGUUGGUCUUGUCUGUUGACUUGAUGAGAUGUUUUAAUAUUUUAGGUUUGGUUUUUUUGUUUUACAUUCAUGUUGUUAUUAAAGACCAUUUCGCCAUU